AUGGAGCUCGCCAUCGUGGCCGAGGUGUGGAACAAAGUUGAAGUCGGCGUCACCUUUGAGUGGGUGCACCUAGCUACAGAUGCCACCUUUCUCCUCUCCCGUGCUGGCAAAGGCGGCCGUACCCCGGCUAUGUCCUUCUUCCCCAACUCGGCCGACCUGAACUCCACGCCCCCGAUCUCUGAUAUCAAGGCGGAGGGGCAGGGUGCAGUGCCGCUGGGCGUUCGAGACCCCAAGUCAGUCAUGACCUACGCUCCUGAGCCGCCCGAGAUGCAGCAGUCCAACCUUAACUCUACCAAGAUGUUCUAUGUGUUGAGGCCUAACGAGAACUGA